AUGGCCUCUGCUGGAAAGGACCUGUUGAUAACCGACCCAAGAGGAAUCUGGACCCUCUUUAGAGAUUUCUAUUCCAGUUUUACGGACAAAAUAUUACUGAACAAAACAAUAUUCACGAUCAAGUACGAUAGCAAUGGUGUGGAGGUCGCCACCACCGAAGGUGAAGUCUUUACUGCAGACUACGCUUUGUGUACAUUUGGUAGUGGUGUUUUAGACCGUGGCUCAGUAAAAUUCGACCCACCCUUGCCUGGAUGGAAGAAAGAAGCCAUUUAUCGCCUCAGGCCUGUUUACUACACAAAAAUCUUUCUCAAAUUUCCAAGUAAAUUCUGGGGUGAUAGUAAGUGGAUAUUACAUGUUUCAGACCAGAACACAAGACAUUUCCCAGUAUUUUUCGAUCUGGAUCGUGCUGGGUUCUUUCCUGGCUCCAAGUCUUUGUAUACUGCAGUAACUGGAGAUGAAACUUUAAGAGUGGAAGCACAAGAUGAUUCCAAAACGAUGGAGGAGCACAUGGAAGUUCUGGGCAUGUAUGGACCCAGCAUACCAAAUGCCACAGGUACUAAUAUAACUGAUUCUUGAGAGGAACAGUUCUAUCAUUUUCUCAUUUUAUCGGUGAUAUAAGUAUAGAAAUUUGUAUAGUUACUAUGAUUUAUUUAUGGUCGCUCGUCUGGUUUAUUUUUUCCAUUCCAUUGUGUAAGUGUUCGAUUGGUUGAUAUUGAUCGGUGGAUCGACAGACCGACUUCCGAUUGGCUGACUGGCAGAGCUAGCCAUGACUGACUGACAGAAAAAUUUUAGACUCGCUCAGUAAUUGCCCACAGCCACUGACUAAUCAUGAAUGACUGCGAGAAAUCUGACCAUAUCUCCUCAACAUAUAAAUGUUCAAGAGGGGGGGGGGGCUUUACUGUAUAGAGUCUCCCAUCCAAUAAAUUUCUGUAAAAAUUUACCUAGUGAUUUUACGUCCUUCUUUCAUGUCCAUUCCAGGGCUCAGUGUUAAUCAAAUGGUGGAUAACACGACUUGUUCUAUUAUACUUUUCCACCGGAUAGUGAUUUACCCGAUGGAUUGCGCUAUCCAGCAUUUGAACAACAGGUUGCCUUAAUCCAGGCCAGGUCUUAACCUAGUAUUGUGUCUAAGCCUUACUAGAUUUCUUUGAGUCAAAUUAAAUGGCGUCAACUUUUAAACUGUAUUAUACUUUUGUUUUGUCUUGUUUCCUCUAUAAGAUAUUGUGGUUAGCAAGUGGUCGCAAAACCCAUACGUCUUGGGUUGUUGAACAGACCCAGUCAUUGGCACAGAUUCCUCCGUGUUUGCCAACAUGGCCGGCCGAUUGAAAAACUUGUUCUUCGCUGGUGAGGCAACCCAUGCUGAUUGGUAUGGCUUCAUACAGGGAGGUUACUACAGUGGACUGGAGCGGGCGAAUGACAUUGCUAGUUGUAUUCAAGGCGGGACGUGCCAACCUUAUGAGCCCUUCACAGGCCUACCAGUAAUUGUUAAAACACAGGACUGCAAGCCAAAGAGCGGAGAGCCCCAGAUCUCAGUGCUAAAUGUUAUCAGUUUGUUCAUUG